ACCGUAAAAACGGGACGAUAGCCAAAGUUCGCUAAGCAAUUAUAGCAAUUGGAUUGAGGGAUCGGUAAAAGCCCAUCAGAGAGAGGGCCGAAUCACUUAACGUUUAGUUUUAUUUUGGCUUGGUGUACGACGGUAUCCGGUUGUGGGUAUUGACCGGUGGAUUAUCAUCAUCUGACGAGAUUAAAUCCCGGUAGGAGAGUGUCCUUCACCAUCACAAUCAGGGUAACAGGAAGGGGUCAGGAUGGAGGCGAUAAAGAAGAAAAUCGCGGCGCUGAAGAUGGAGAAGGACACGGCCAAUGAGAUGGUCGAGGCGAAUGAAACGAAAGCACGACAAAAGGACAUGGAGGCCGAUUUACUCUUCGACGAGGUGCGAGAUUUAACUAAAAAAUUAGCAACCCUCGAGCACGACUACGAAGUGGCUAAAGUCAGCCUCGAGACGCAAACAGUGGCGCUGGAACAGUGCGAGAAAUCGUGGACCAAGGCAGAGCAAGAUCGAACGGUGCUGACGAAACGAGUGCAGGAGAUCGAGCAGAGUCUCUCGAAAAAGGAGGAAUUGCGUCUACUCGCUCAGGCGAAGCUCGAGAAAGCCGUGGAGUUGGCUGACGAUGCUAAACGAAUGUGCCGAGUGCUCGAGGAUCGAAAUCGCCUUGAUCUCGAACGCGUGGAGAAACUCACCGCUGAAUUGAAAGACGCCAGGCUCAUCGCCGAGGACGCUGACAAUAAGUCCGAGGAAAUAGCUAAUAAAUUGUCAUGGGUCGAGGAGGAGCUCGAGUCUGCCGAGGAGAGGGUUAAAAAUAGCGAGGCAAAAAUCGUCGAGCGAGAGGACGAACUGUUUAUCGUGAAGAAUAUCGUCAAGUCCCUUGAAGUGUCUGAACAGAAGGCGAAUCAACGAGUUGCUGACUCCAAGGUGCAGCUCAAAGAGCUGAAGGGAAAGGUGAAGGCCGCCGACAAGCGCGCGAUCCUCGCGGAAAAGGCCGUCAGAGCAUUGCAGAAGGAAGUGGACUUCAAAGAGGAUGAACUCAGAGAACAGAAGGAAAAAUGCCGGGAAAUUACCGAUGAACUGGAUUUAACGUUCGCCGAAAUGACGGGCUAUUAAAAAUCCCUCGAUCUCUUUGAAUUUUGCUUUCGAAUUGGCUCGAUGCACCCGGAGAGAAAUAUUCAAUAAAAAGUGCCAGACGAGAGGCGUAAAAAUUACCGUUCCAGACCUAAUCGGCGAGCGAUGUCGCACUGAAGGGAAAUUAUGAGUCAGAAUUGAAAUUUUACAGUUUCAGAAUUUUUUCCAAAAUAUUUCUCUCCGUGUGUGCAAAAUAAAAUCAAUAAACUCCAUCAUCGUCAUCGUCAUCAUCGUCAUCCUCAUCCUCAUCGCCAUCACCAUUGCCAUCAGCUUUACACCUGAUUUCAGUUUGUGCACUUAUUGGCUUUUGAUCGAGUGCACGCAAUCUACCGCUGAGUACUUUUAAUCCGGCCUUUUAAACUCUUUCAAAAAUAACCCGUGGGUACGCGUAUAGAUUGUCUCGUAACUGCAAAUUGACUGAGCCACUUCUUUGGAUUGAAUUGAACACAGUUGCACUUGCACAACAACGCACGCAUUACUGCAGCUACGGGGAGGCUUUCUUUCGUUGCAUAGAAUUAUUUGGAUUCCUAAGAUAUCUCACUGAGGGCUAAUUAAUUUUUUUCAGAUGAAAAAUUAAUCAAUGAAACAUGUCUCGCGUUCAUAAUCGAUUAAUGAACAAUUUAAUUACUUCCUGCCAUUUAUUCCUCCUCGAUAUUUUUAAUGUAUAUGGAAUUUGUGUUUUCAAUAAAUGCUCACAACCGAGGAAAUUUUA